AUGGCGCCUUCGCGAGAACGAGCUACGGUGGUCCUGCAGCUAGUGGCUCACGUCUUGCACGCCAACCCGACCAAUGAUUGGUCUUCCAAUGAGCCUGUCAGCUGGGUUGAAUCAGCUUUCCGCUCCCCGACUUACAUCCGGGGGAGCACAAAUGUGGAGGUCAAGGAUGAUCAUGGCGCCGUUGUGCGCCUCAAGCUCCGGUCGCGGGACCUAGGACCUUGCACUAUGUCCGUGUCGCAACUCCACCCUGAUUAA